CCCCCCCUCCCCCCCCCUCUUCGUCGUCUUCCAACUCUACGCUCCUUUCCCCCUUCCACCAUCCCCGGCUCUCUCUCUUCCCCUCUCUCUCUCCUCGUCCCCUCUCUGUGGCUCGCUCUCGCAACUUCCGUCUACGCUUGCGCUUGAUCCUCUCCAUCCAGCAACCUCACCGUCAAUCAACCACGGGGACUGACGAGGGAGGUUCGCCUUUGGAGUAUAUUCCGAAGAGUCGUGCAGCUUCUUCACUCUACCAAUUCAUUCCACCGCGCAUCUUGCGAUCGAGAGAGGGGUUGGUUUUGCGGGGCUUGUUGUGUGGAGGAUGAAUAGUCAUCGGCGUAAAGAGGUGCUGGUGCUAGGGUUUCUCCUUCUUUCAGUUCUCUAACCUCCGCUCUCGCUCCUUUUCUCUCUUUUCCUCGGGUGCGGUUGUCUUUUGGUGCCUUACCACUAUUGAGUUUGUGCCCGGGUUUGUCUUCUAGGGGGCAAGGGUCUAAUCAAUCUGGUAGUUUCGAUGCGACUUUUUUAGGAGAGAUAAUUGCCUACCGCAUUCUGGGGAGUUGUUUGAAGGGGCGGGAUCUAGGUUUGAGGUUGGAUCUCGGGUGUUAUCCGGAUUAGAGAAUCUGGCCACCUUCUUGUGUGCCGACGUUGGAGUUGAGCAGGAGGAUUGGCUGCUUGCCUCUCUCAUGGAGGGCGACGGGGUGCACCGACCGCGUGCGCUCGUGUGCUGAACUCUGUGCUGGUGGCGUAGUUGGUAUGUGCUUCUGUGCCCUUGUAGGUUUUUACCUGGAUGGCCUUGGACGAACAGAUAGUAGUUUUGUGCGUUCAGCUGUGUUGAUGUGUAGGACGACGCGCGCUAAGGGAUUGAUAACCCUACGCUGUCCUAGUUAGCGCUGCGGGUGUCGAGUGUGAUGAAGCGGAGGUGAACUACACAGGAUUUUUUUGGAGGUGUUACAAUGAUGUCACGGUCGUAUAGCAAUCUUUUGGAUCUAAAUGAGGAUUCCAUGACACCCGCCGAUUCUCCCGUGAGCUUUAGGCGACGAAUCAAUGACCGCUCGUUGACCGCAAGCAGAUUGCCCGGGUUACCUAGCGGAGCAUUGUAUGAUGAUGAUAGGUCCACCGAACACGGCGGCGGGGGCUUCAGUACUGAAGCUUCGGUAAUGUCGGAGGGGAGUCGAAUGCUUGUCGUUGCGCGCAUGUUGCCAUUGAACGCUGUGCCCCAUCCGAAUGGGAAUAGCUACUUAUUCGAGUGGGACAAAGACUCGUUGCUUUGGCAGCUUAGAGAUGGAUUGCGGCCUGGAAUGGAGGUUAUCUAUGUAGGCUGUUUGAAGGUGGAGGUGGAAGACGCUGAUCAGGACGAGAUUGCGGCCAUGCUCCUGGAAAAUUUUAAUUGCGUUCCUGCUUUUCUACCCAACGAACUGAAAAGUAGGUUUUAUCAUGGGUUUUGCAAGCAGAUGUUGUGGCCCCUUUUCCACUAUCUGUUACCUCUCAGUCCUGAGCAUGGGGGUCGAUUCAAACGCUCAUGGUGGCAAGCAUAUGUGUCCGUCAACAAGAUUUUUGCCGACAAGGUGAUGGAGGUGAUUAGUCCCGACGAUGACUAUGUGUGGGUGCAUGACUACCAUCUCAUGGUUUUGCCCACUUUUUUGCGUAAGCGAUUCAAUAAAGUGAGGCUCGGUUUCUUUUUGCACAGCCCGUUUCCUUCGUCCGAGAUUUACAGGACGCUGCCGGUGCGUGACGAGAUACUUAGAGCUCUAUUAAAUGCAGACUUGAUAGGGUUUCAUACAUUUGAUUAUGCGAGGCACUUUUUAUCAUGUUGCAGCCGUAUGUUAGGUCUGGAGUACGCAUCUAAGCGGGGGCACAUUGGGUUAGAAUAUUAUGGCCGCACCGUGGGCAUCAAAAUUAUGCCCGUCGGUAUCCACAUGGGUCAGUUCGAUGCAAGCUUGAAGCUUGCUGAUACAAAGUGGCGUAUUGGUGAGAUCAGGGAAAAGUACAAGGGAAUGUCGGUUCUUCUUGGGGUAGAUGACAUGGACAUUUUCAAGGGCAUUGGGCUGAAGUUCUUGGCUAUGGAGGAGCUUCUCAGGCAACACCCACAGUGGCAAGGGAAGGUUGUCAUGAUACAAAUUGCUAAUCCUGCGAGGGGUAGUGGCAAAGAUAUUGACGAAGCUCGUGAAGAGGCCUAUACUAUAGCCAAAAAAGUGAAUGAAGAGUUUGGGAAUGAGCGUUAUACCCCGAUUGUCUUGGAGGAGAGGCACGUGCCCCUGUUUGAGCGAAUUGCGUAUUACACCAUCGCAGAGUGCUGUGUUGUGACGGCAGUGCGUGAUGGGCUCAAUCUCAUCCCGUACGAGUACAUCGUAUGUAGGGAAGGAGCUCCUCAGAUGUCAGAAUCGGAAAAUUAUCUUGAAGAAUCAUCUGUCAAGAAAAGCAUGUUGAUAGUGUCUGAGUUCAUCGGAUGCUCGCCAUCUCUGAGUGGUGCCAUUCGGGUUAAUCCCUGGAACAUUGAGAUGGUUGCAGAGGCUAUGAAUAGUGCGAUCACGAUGAAAGAGCAAGAGCAACACCUGCGCCAUGAGAAGCAUUACAGGUAUGUUAGUACGCAUGAUGUUGCGUACUGGGCCAAAACCUACACGUCGGAUUUGGAAAGAACUUGCCGCGAUCACAAUAAACGCCGGUGCUAUGGGAUUGGGUUCGGAUUAGGUUUCCGGAUCGUAGCUCUGGAUCCGAGCUUUAAGAAGUUGCGCACCGAACUUAUUGUCGGAGCAUACGGGAAGAGUGCCACCAGAGCCUUACUUUUGGAUUAUGAUGGUACAGUGAUGCCUACAUCACACGAAGAGAGUCCUAGUCCCGAGGUUUUGGAUCUUUUAAAUACGCUUUGCAACGACCCAAAGAACACACUUUUCAUCGUAAGUGGGCGUCCACGGAAUAAGCUUGGGGAAUGGUUUAGUUCCUGCGAGUUACUUGGUCUUGCUGCUGAACAUGGAUACUUUUACAGGUGGCGACGGGACUCGGAUUGGGAUACUUGUAGACCACAAAGUGUUUCAGAGUGGGAUCGGUUGAGUGUUGUUGAGCGUGAAGCGCCGUCCACGAGCUUUGAUUGGAAACUGAUUGCAGGGCCAGUCAUGCAACUUUACACCGAGUCAACAGAUGGCUCCUAUAUUGAGGCCAAAGAAAGUGCAUUGGUGUGGCAUUAUCGAGAUGCAGACCAUGACUUUGGAGCUUGGCAGGCUAAAGAGUUGCAAGAUCACCUUGAAAGUGUACUAGCCAAUGAGCCAGUCACGGUGAAGAGUGGUGCGCAAAUUGUGGAAGUUACACCUCAGGGGGUGAGUAAGGGAAUUAUGGUGGAGAAGUUGCUAUUAAUGAUGGAGAAGAAGAAUGGAGCCUUGCCAGACAUGGUACUGUGUGUGGGUGACGAUCGGUCAGAUGAGGACAUGUUUGAGAGCAUUGAAUCCCUCAUGCGUGGCGCCCCCAGUGCCGAGGUAUUUGCAUGCACUGUGGGUCAGAAACCCAGUAAAGCCAAGUACUAUUUGGAUGAUGUUGGGGAGGUAAUCAAGAUGCUACAGGGGUUGGCAAAUGCCUCUAUUAGGUCCUCUGCUUCAUCACUUCCUCAGCUUUCUGAUUUCUCAUCUCUUCAUAUUUAGGUGGUUCCGUAGAACUUGAUAAGGGUAGUGUUAGAUGAAUGCAAACAAAUACAAUUUAUAGUCGACAUCCGUUGGAGUUCUUCAGGGGUUGGGAGCAGGUAUGCAGUUGGCUCAGCGACAGUGGUGAGUGCAGGCUUAUGAAAGAACGGCUGCUAAACGCUGCUAUAAGUGCUGGAAUUCAAGCUGUUGCUUAAGGUUGUGAUUGAUUGCAAAUAGACAGACUGACCGAGUGAUCCUUCCAACGCGAAGAAUGAUGCCGCUUUUUUUUUACAGUUACCCUUUUUUCAGUUGUUUUAAAUUCUGUAACAGUGUUGGUUUUGUUACUCCGUCACCACAACAAUCUGUGCCGAGACUUAUCUCGAGGGAAUUUUCUAAAUUGAGUUUGUUGCGAAGAGUUUUCGUCGAUGAAACUUUGGUCUGUGCUCUGUUUGGCAGUACGUCAUCUGCUUUUUGUGUCAUAGCAGUCUCCAUUUCCUCUGCAAAUCGGGUGUUUUUAUUUUGCAACUGCGGAGGUUUCACAUCCAGCUGAUUGUGGCGGCUCCUUGUUAGAGUAUCCACUGCGCCAUCAAUUCCGACUUUUGCAGCAAAGUGGAAUGAGGGAAGGUCCCUUGGUAGUACUUUGACAUAUCGCAUCCUGAGAUUGUAGACACAGUAACUCCUAAACCAAUAAAUCUGGUAAAUGUGAACACC